CUCACAUUUGAAGUUGUAAAAAAACUUGAAGGAUCACAAAAGUCCACAAAACAGAAAUUGUUUCUUUCGACAUACUUUUAAAAACAAGAAAGUUUGUGAUUUAAUAGUACCGAAAUAUGCCGCUCGACGUGCAAGGAACGUUUGUUUCACAGAAAAUCAACAAAAUCCGAUGGAUAGCAGAAGAUUACGUUGAAACAAAGUGCUUUUUUACCGGCAGUUGGGAUGAUGAUGUAAAUUCCGUUAAAGUUUGGACUAUAGAAAGCCCUCACGAAGAAGAUGAGAUAGAAUAUCCUCGUCAGCUCUCGGAAUAUCCUGUAGAAGGUGACGUCACGCAAAUAAAGUUUACGGAAAAGAACAAAAUUGCUGUUUCGCUGUCGAAUGGCGAUGUCAAAGUUCUCGAAGUUAGUGUGUAUGACAAACAAUCGCCGCUCAGAGAAAUAUUUCACUGGAAGAAUUUGCACAACUAUGGUGAACAAAAAUGCUCCUGCACAUCUUUAGACACUUUGGAAGGUGACAUUGCCACUAUUGGAGAAGACGGGAAUGUCAACAUACUAAGUGGGCGCAGAGGAGAAGUUAUGCGAACCAUCUCCGGUGCUGACAGCUGUUCCCUACAUUCUAUAUGUUUCAUCAAACAUAGUGAGGUUAUCACUGGUAAUUUACGAGGCCAUAUGAAGAUUUGGGAUCUAAGAUCAACGGAAAACAAACCAGCCGCAUCAUUCCUUUUAGCUGGCGAUGAAUUAGCUGCCACUUGUAUCAUCAACCACCCAACACAACCCCACAUUGUUCUUGCAGGCAGUGAGUCUGGUUCCCUCGCCGUCUGGGACUUGCGUAUGAACACAUUCCCUACUUCCUUAGUCAAUGCACACUCAGCGGGAGUCUCAGAAAUGCAGUUCCACCCUGAAAACCCUCACAUGCUUCUCACAUGCGCAGUUUCUGGAGAAUUAUGGGAUUGGAACAUGGAGGCUUUGACCAAGAGUUCUAAGGGCCAAGAUAAUCAGGUCACUUGGAUGCCUCUAGAAGACAAAAAGUCUAUGAUGGUGAAUUCUGUGAUUCCACCUCUAAGUAAAGCUAUCAACACGCUUCAUUGCGACAAGGGUCGGAUUCUUUGUGGAGCUGACAAUGAAGCUAUUUAUUUAGUUAAGAAUUUUAAGUAUUAAUUAUUUUGUAGGUCUGUUAAUUUUGCAUUUGAUAAAGCCUUUAUCAUAUCCCAUCAGCAGAAAAUCCUGUUAAUUGGGAUAAUCUCAAGGCUUCUUAAUUAGUAUGUAAUACAAUAAUUUAAAAGUAAGUUAAGUAAUUAAAAUAAAACAAUUUGUAUGUAA